AUGCAAAGUAAGCUCAAGAGUGCAGCCCGAAACAAGGCGGUAUUCAUGCCUAAAUUUGUAGGUCGUACGCAGGUCACCGAUAGUGACCUUUUUCUUCCCGUACAUUCCCGAGUGGCUUUAGACCUGAGCCAAUCCUCGGCCUUGGUCAAGUUCCACCUGCAUAGCAUCGAAAACGCUGCGCAGGAUACCUAA